GCAGUAUAUAAGGGCCGCUGCGCAUGAAGAGCAGCAUAUUCCCCUCGUCACGGAACACAACACAUCCAGCGAUGAACCGUCUGCUCCUCCUCGCCUGCCUGGUGGCCGUGGUCGUCGCCGACAGCUACAAGACGCCCAUCCCGAUCCUCAAGGACGACCGCACACAGAACGCCUACGGCGAGUACACCUUCGACUUCGAGACUGGAAACGGCAUCGCCAGGAACGAGGCCGGAAAACAGGCUGAUGGCCAGGAGUCCUCGGGAGGAUGGAGCUACACCGCUCCCGAAGGCGUGCCCAUCAAGCUCAGCUUCACCUCCGGUGUGGGCGGCUACCAGCCCGUGGGCGACCACCUCCCCGUGGCACCCACGCCAGUGCCUCUUCCCUACGAACGCAACGACCACUGAACUCUCCUGUUUUCUCUAAUAUCGAUACGAAUAUGAAAUUAUCUAUAAUGAUAUAUCUAUUUUUCAUUAUUUAUUGAACGAAAUUCGUUCACAUCAUAUUCUCUCAAUAAAACAUUGAACUGA